AUGAAUUCGGUGGCCGGGAAUAAAGAGAGAAUUGCAGUCACCACCCGAAACAGGAAAUACGGGGUGAACGACUCCUGCUCCCCCACCAAACCCGCGGCGCCCUUCUCGCCGGAAAGCUGGUACAGGAAAGCUUACGAGGAGUCCCGGUCCAGCAGCCGCCCCGCCCCAGAAGGAGCCGGCUCCGUGGUGGGCUCCUCGGGCACCCCUUCGCCUGGGUCGGGGACCUCCUCGCCUGGCUCCUUCACCGGUUCUCCAGGCCCGGCUUCCCCGGGCAUCGGCACCAGCUCUCCGGGCUCUUUGGGGGGCUCACCCGGCUUCGGCACCGGCUCGCCCGGUUCCGGCAGCGGAGGAGGCUCCUCCCCGGGCUCCGAUCGCGGCGUGUGGUGUGAGAACUGCAACGCCCGCUUGGUGGAGCUGAAGAGACAGGCACUCAAGCUGCUGAUCCCGGGGCCCUACAGUCCCAAGGAUCCAGCAUUUUCUUCAGUGAUUCAUGACAAACUACAAGUUCCCAAUACUACCCGCAAAGCAUGGAAUGAGAGAGACAACCGGUGUGAUGUGUGUGCCACUCACUUGAACCAGUUGAAGCAGGAGGCUAUUCAGAUGGUCUUAACACUUGAACAAGCUGCCAAUGCAGAACACUGUGAUGCUUCUCCUUGCUCUCCUCCUCCCCUUCCCAAUAUCCCCACCUUAGUGGGCUCUCGACAUAUGGGCAGUCUGCAACCCAGAGACUGGGCAUACCUGUCUGCUCCUUAUGCUACUUCCAAUUAUGCUGGCUUUCUGCCUAAUAAACUCAGUGGAAAAGUGAACAACAUAGGAAUCGUUAAUGGGAUAGAGAAGAAAAAUGGUUCCUUGGGACACCAGACAAAGGUCAGUGUACAGAUGGCUACCAGUCCCAGCAAUGGUAACAUCCUGAAUUCUGUGGCUAUCCAGGCUCAUCAGUACCUAGACGGCACCUGGUCCUUGUCAAGAACAAAUGGUAUUACUCUGUAUCCCUAUCAAAUUUCCCAAUUGAUCACUGAGUCUGGCCGCGAUGGACUGACAGAAGCCGUGCUGAACCAUUACAAUGCAGAUAAACCUUCCUUGUAUAGCUUCCCCAGUUCCCAGAGCACCUGUGUUGCUAGUGAUGCCUCCACUGGUACCUCAGUGGCCGCUUCCUUUUUUGCCAGGUAA